AGUCAUCCGAGGUCUUCCUCUACCAGUAAAGUUGGAUAAAGUCAUAUAACCAGAUAACAUUAUUUUUUCAGACUUCGUCGAUGGUUCUACUCAGGAACCGUUAAUGAAAUAAAGUAAAGUCACAUGAGGUCUUCCUCUACCAGUAAAGUUGGAUAUAGUCAUAUAAAUAACUAGAUAACAUUAAUUUUUCAGACUUUCCGACUAUAUUGAGCGGUAAAAAGAUUAUGUUCAUAGACCCAGGCGAACAAGAUCCGGAUAAAAUUUGCACAUCGAUACGUUUGGACAGGAUUAAACGCUCAAAAAAUCUUCGACUGUCUGACUUAUUACUAGGCUUCGACGACUUAUUUGGAUUUAAUGAAGCCUUCUUAGAUGACGGUUAUUUUCCUGGUACACUUUUUUGGUUUCCACUGAGACAAGAGUCAUCAGAUUUGUCUGACACAAUCUACACUGAUGCUAAGGUGAUUAACUUGUUAGACACGUUCAUUGAGGAAUCUGACAGGAACAUUUUGUUUGCUAACACAGUAAGCAAAAUAGAAGUUUUCAUAGAAAGAUCUAAAGAAGAAGACACAAUCGAUAGUAAUAACAUUGCAUAUGAUACUGAUUCAAGGCUACAUCUACAGAAAGCAAACUUUGGAAAAGAUGUCGCUGUUUACUCAGUACAAAUAGAAAACGCUUCUGAAACCCUUAUUCAAGAAAGACGAGAACUUAGGAAAACAUUGAUAUCACUGCUGAAGGAAGUUCCUGAAAUUUCAGAAAAGUGGGCAUUUGAUGUUUAUGUCAAAUGUGCGAAAAGAUUCACUAAAGAAGAAAUCAAGGAAUCAAGAUCUAGAUGGCUGAUCGUGAAUUAUCUUAAGGGAGGAGAGCUUUCAAAACACACACAACAGCUAUUAAAAGAUAAACAUUUAGGGUACCAUCAUCUUGUUGGUGUUGCUGGUCAGAUCAAGGAAACUGACGUACACGUGAUUCAUUCUGAUUCCGGAUGCGUAUUUUGUAACCAGCCACUUCCACAAGAAAAUCAAACAGGUCUACCUGUGUUUAUAAACGCCCAGUUUGCUCUCGGGAAUAACAGACGACAGAUUAAGUGGGAAGAUAAAGAAUGUUUGGGUAUCAAUACAGAUAAGGAGAUAGAGUGGAAUCAUGCAUUGGUCUCAGAAAUACUCCCAUACGCAUAUCUUGCACUCCUACAGGAAAUGAUCAAUUUAAGCAAGGCACAUGCUAAUCCGACACAGCUUGUUGAAUCGGCUUACAAGCUUAUUCCUGAUUUUCAAAAAACUGAUGAAAGGUGGAAAAAAUUAGGGGAAAAGUUUUUAUAUUUGGCCGAGAACGAAAAUAUUUACUAUGCAGGAUACCAUGGUGGCCAGUGGAUUGACAGGAUGGAAGUUAUUUUGUUGUCAGACUGCGAAAUGUUUUCUGAAACAAUUGCUGAACUUUUAACAAAUGAGGAGAUACCUUUUGCAAUAAUUCCGAAGAAUGUGAAUGAUGCAUUGUCUCUUUCAACUUCAAAGAUUAAGAAAAUGUCACCAGAAUUUCUGAGUCAACACAUGGCAAAGAAUACCACCUACAAAAACAUGUCCUCACUGCAAAAGGAACAUCUGCUUCAGUAUCUGAAAUCCAAUGAAACUGAAGACACAGAUAUAGAGGAACUUGAAUUAAUACCAUUAGCGGAUAGUUUCUUUACCUGCUUAAAAGGGACCGAUGAAAUCUUCUUUGAACCAUCCGAAGAAGUCGUAAAAGUUUUUCCUGGAAGGUUAUCAAAGUUUGUCUCUACAAACCUACUGUCAGAGACAUUGGCUAUUAUACAAACUAUUGCAGAUGGAGGUUCAUCACGACUUAAGACUCUCAAUGCAGAACGAAGUGCUUCCAUGAUAAAGGAUGUCUUAGAAGAAAACUUUGGACCUGGUAAGUUGUUUACUUUAUAUGCCUCGGAGGUGCCAUUUUGGAAGCAAUGGAUCCUAAAUGUAUGGGAAUUGAUACAAGAUAGAUAUAAGGAGUCACUGGACAAAUUUGCGUCACUUCCGAUAUAUCCAUUUGAGUGUGAACCAGACUGGCAGAACCCUGAAAAAAUUCAAGUUUGUUGCUUAUCAUCACUUGUUAUGUACUUCCCAAAUUGUGAUGACGGGAGAGUUGCAGAAACAGUAAGUCAGGCUUUUGAGCUUUUGUCAGUGAAUAUUGUUAGAAAUUUGCCCGGCUUUAUCAGUACAGCUCUUACAGAUACAUAUAUAACGAAUGACCAAAGUGGGAAAAUGGUCAAUCUAUUUGAGCGUAUUACAUCAAAAGAAAUAUUGCACUUUAAUGCAAAUGUCAACUGUGAAAAACAAUUUGCACUUUUAAGAUAUGUUUCACAAACAAUCCACACUGAAAUAAGCCCACUUUGCAUAAAUGUUUUGAAGGGUAUGCGUCUAUUUAGGCAAUCAAGAUAUCUGUUUGAAAAUGAAUAUUGCUGUGUGUCAAUGGAUGAAAAUAAAAAUAUUAUUGGAGUAGAAGAAUUUCCUGUUAAGUUGCACAAGCCAAUGGUAUUUAUCUCCAUGGAUUCAGAGAUUUUACUAGCAAAACAACUUGGAGGUACGGUAUUAGAUAAGGAAGCACUUGCCUUGCAAACUUUAUCAAAUAUCAGCAAUUAUACACCGUAUGAAGUGCAAUGUCUAGUAGAAUGGAUAUUCAAAGAUUCAAAGUUGAUGAACAAUGAUAAUGUAACCAGGCUUUUAAAAGAAACCAAGUUCAUCCAGUCAACAGACGGUCAGUGGAGAGAGCCUUCGCAUUUCUUCGAUCCAUAUGACCAGCUCAUAUCAAAACUGUUCAAAAAUGAAGGCGUUUUACCAGAAAUGUCCGGAAUUAAUGAUAAAUUUAUUUUGCAGAGUCUUAAGCAUUUAGGAAUGAAGUCAAGGAUCGAUAUUUCACAAAGUGAUAUUGUUAGAACUUGUGGGAUUAUAGAUGCAAAUGCAAGUAAAAAUGAAAGAGAUGAUUUUGAAAAAGCUGAAGCCCUUUUAGAAUUUCUAAAUCUUCCGUCAACGGUUGUGGACAAAACACUGUUUUGUAAUAAGAAAUUUGUUCCUGUACAUAACGUUAACCCAGACAACUACCCCUCAUCCAUGAAAAUGAAAAGUCGGGGUUGUCUUAACAUACUCUGUAUGCCGUCUGAAGUAAAGUCUUUGGAAUAUAUCAACUUAAUAGGCUCAGUUCUGUUUGUGAUUGACUGCUCAAAACUACGUAAAUUUGCAGAUGAUCAUGGACUGAGUAAGCCUCCUGAGGUGAGAGACGUAAUUUUGCACCUUAAAAAUGUUUUGACAGAUUACAGGAUACAAUGUAAAACUGAUUAUGUUCAGAUGAUUUCCAAAAUAUAUGAAUGGUUCGCAGGUCAUACAAAACUACGGGAAAUGAAAUUUAGUCCGUUGCUCGAUAGCUUCAAAAAACCAUAUAAUAAAUUUAUAUGGAAUGGAACUGGCUUUGUCUCCCCAGAUGACCUGUAUUUAGACUCAUCGGAAGAGAACUUGGAAGACUUGAAUUCAGUAAUGUCAAAGCUUCCGGCAGAAUUACAGCACUUCGGGAAUUUCUUUCUUGCAUUGGGUUGUAGGCAAAGUCCGAAUUUAGAUAUGUUUCUUAAAGCCCUAAAGAUAAUCAAGGACAGAUCUGAAGAUAAAGAUGAAACUGAAAGCAAAUCGUCAUUGCGAAAGAUGGCAAUUACCAUAUUAAACAAGCUGAAAGAUUACAACGUGACAAACGUGAAAGAAACAGACAUAUAUUUCCCAGUACAUGAACAAGCUUCAUGUGAUUCCUUGAUGAAACCUGUGAAUGAAUGUGUUUAUUGUGAAAAUUACGAACAUAAACAAUUCUCUAUGAGUGAUGAUGCCGUGCUUAUUCAUUCAGAUGUUCCUAUUGCAACAGCGAAAGCACUAGGAGUUCCGAAUGUUAGGCGGAAGAUGUUGUCAGAGUCAGAAUUCUUUGAAAGUUGGGGUCAGGAAGAAGCUCUCGCCAUACGGAUACGAAAUAUUAUCAAACAUGGGUAUGAGGAUGGUUUUACGGUGAUUAAAGAAUUAUUUCAGAACGCAGAAGACGCUGGAGCAAGUUGUUUUUACAUAAUGUAUGACGAGCGCGGAAACAGGGAUGCACAUGAAAGUUUGAUUAGUGAAGCUAUGUCAGAAUGUCAGGGACCAGCAUUUUGGGUAUUCAAUGAUGCCGAAUUCUCAGAACAGGAUUUUGAAAACAUAAGAAAAUUAGGAAUAGGGACAAAACAAGACCAACCAGGAAAAAUAGGGAAAUAUGGACAUGGUUUUUGUGCCGUCUAUAAUUUAACUGAUGUGCCAAGUAUCUUGUCGGGUUCUAACCUUAUUUUGUUUGACCCUCAAACCACAUAUUUAGAUAAAGCACUGCCACAAGGAGUCCCUGGUGUUCGUAUUGACUUAAGAAGACAAGAUAAAAUGGAUGUUAUACAUGCAUUUUCUGAUCAAUUUAAACCAUACGAAAAUGUUUUUGGAUGCAAUUUGCUAUCAGAUGAAAAUCGAACAUUCCAUGGGACUUUAAUUCGGUUACCUUUACGAACAAAAAUCAGUCAGAUUAGUGAUAAUAUAUAUACAAAAAGUGCUGCAACGAGGCUGAUGUGCUCGAUUAUGGAGCUUUCGGAUAGCUUGUUACUUUUUAAUGACAGUAUACAUGAAAUCAGACUAUUUCAUUUAACAGAAAAUGAAAGCAACCCUUCAAAUGCAAACUUAGUCUUUGAAGCAAAUGCCAAAAAGCAAGAUAUUCCUGAUAUGGCUGACAUUGAACAGAGGUUAUCAAUAGCCAAGGAUAAAUGCAGACGUAGGACUUCUCAAGUGCUACAGGGUGAGUCUUUCAAUCUAUUACAAGAGGUUUGUAUUACUACCAAAAAGUCGGACGAACAUAAAUGGGAGGAUAAUACAACGAAAUGGAUAAUUUCUUGGACAUCAGAAACUAAUGAAGUUCUAGAACAGAUGAUUGAAGAAAACCCAUCAGUACUUCCCCUGGGUUCGAUCGCUAUACCUGUAGAAAUUGAUGAGCAUAGAAUGUUUGGGUAUCAUGGAAUGACAAUUACACUUUGUCCUCUAGAAAACUUACCCUUUUGCUUUUAUAAAGUUGGGCAUUAUUUUUGUAGUCUUCCAACACAACAGAUUCACACCUUUAUGUUUCACAUCAAUGGCAAAUUUCAGCUGACCCUUGAUCGGAAAAAUGUUAAAAUGAAGACUGAUGAAAUUGAAGAGAGCAAAGAUGCACAAUGGAAUGAAUUACUUAUUUCCUAUCCGAUUGCGUCUGCCCUUCUACAUUUCUUAGAGAACACUAAAACAAAUCAGCAUGACGCGUUUAAAAUUUGGCCGAAAAAACACGAUGAGAUGGAUGUUUUAAGCAAAUGUUUAGUCGAGACCUUUUACACCAAUAUAAGCAAAGAAACAGAAAGAUCAGUAUUUGAACAUAAUGGCGAAAAAGUUUGUUUGUCGCAAUGCUUGUUUUUAGACCCUGAUUUACGAGCAAAAGAAGAAGUAGGAAAUAUUGCUUUUAAAUAUUUGCUCCAGAAUUCAGACAAAUGUGUUAUUGAUAUACCAGGUGAUAUUUAUUCUUUAUUGAAUAAAUUCAACACAAAUUUGGUGAAACAAAUAACCGUAUAUACAGAAGAUUUUCUUCUUGACUUUUUUCUGCCAUACCUAGACGUUUUGGAAAUGACACUUUCUGAAAGAAAUUUUGUACUUACAUUUGCUAUUUAUCAAGACCUUGAAUCUGUGAAAAUGUGGCUUAGUAAAAACGACUGCAUUCCGGCUGAUAAUGGACGUCUUAAAAAACCACAUCAAAUAGUCUAUCCGAAAUCUAAGCACGCAAGGCUCUUUCCGCAGGGUGAAGGGUUCUUUCCAGAACCCAGUUUUGCAGACAAAGAAAAUAUAUUUGAAUUAUUAAUUAAACUGGGGAUGCAAACUAAUGAGUUGUCAGAGGAAACCAUUUUGAAUAGGGCUCAUUCAAUAAUUAAUGACCAAACAGACUGUAGUGAAUGUAUUAUUGAUAGGGCUUUAUAUCUUAUGGCAUACCUAUGUGAAAACAUUAACACAUGUAGUGCAAUUUCACUUAACCUAAAAGAAAUGCACUUCUUACCACUUAUGUCGAAGCCAGAAGAAUGGCCAUUUUCCUGGCAAUCUAGCAAUGCGGACAUGACAAAAACAAAGUGUAGAUAUUUUGAAGGAACAGCCUGUAAAAUUCAUAAUGAAACAAAACCAUGUCUACUCCUAGGGUCACCAAGUAUGCUGUAUACCAGUGAAUUCUGUGAUCUAGUUUCUAUUCACCAUUUAAUAGUUGACAAGCAUUUUUGUGACAGAUUGAAAAAGCAAGAAAGACUUUCUUCAAUGGAAUGUGACAAUUGCUUUUAUACACUUGGAAUGCAUGGAACAACUGAAAACAAACGCCAGGAGGUAAAAGAGGUUGUAAGACAGCUUCAAGAUAUGACAGAUUUUUAUCAAAAGGAAUGUAAACCCAAAGACAAGAGUGAUAUGAUAGAGAAUGUUCUGAGAAACGUGUAUAAUUUUUUAGAAGAUUUUAGCAAUGCAGCUGAUUUAGAAUGCCUGAAGGACAGGCCAGUUAUUUGGGUCAAAGAUACUUUUGUUAUUCCUAAAAAGGUGUCACGUGAUAACACACUUGAAGGAUGUCAGCCAUAUCUCUAUAACGUGCAAGAUUCUGCAAUUUCGAGAUGUCCAAAUCUUUAUACCUCUUUAGAUGUCGUUGAACACUUUUAUGCAAAUGAUGUUGCAAAAGUUCUUGAAGGCAUUGCAAAUGGUAAUGGAAACGUUCCUUGUAAUGAGAUUCAAGUAAAGAUUUGUGUCAAUUUAUUGUUUCUCCUAAAGAAUUGUUUUCAUAAAGAAAAAAUAGAAAGUAUUGAAACCUUUCUCGGUCAAGAAGGUAAUGCUGGUAGCAUAUAUAUCCCUGAUGAAUAUGGUGUGCUCAGAAAAUAUACAGCUCUGUGUUUAAACGAUGCGGAAGAUAUUGAAAAGACCUCCAAUAUGAUUUAUAUUCAUGAGCACAUACCUAUAGCUUUAGCAAAAUCGUUUGAAGUUAAAGGGAAAGGGGUUCAGAGGCUAGAAGAAUCAUGUGAAGAUAUUGAAAAUUUCUAUCAAGAAGAGCCAUUGUAUAUACGACUUCGACAACUUCUUUAUGGCUUCUCAACUGACGCUGGAAUUUUCAAGGAAUUGUUACAAAAUGCUGAUGAUGCAACAGCAAGCGAAGUUAUCUUCAUCAAAGAUUUUACUAAAUAUCCAAUAGAAAAUGUAUUUGACAAAAAUUUCAAUGAACUGCAAGGGCCAUCUUUAUGUGUUUUCAAUGACAGGCCUUUUACUAGUGAAGACUUACACGGAAUAAAACAACUUGGUUUAGGAAGCAAAAGUAAUGAUCCUUCUAAAAUCGGCCAAUUUGGAAUCGGAUUCAAUUCUGUUUAUAACUUGACAGAUGCCCCAUCGUUUUACACAGUAGGGACAAAAAUUGAGAGAGGUGAGACGAUGUGCAUUUUCGAUCCGCUGGCAUCAUUUAUUCCUAAUGUAUCCAAAGAUAAACCAGGAAAACGAUUUAAGGAUUUGAGUUGGUUAAGAGAAAAACACCCUGAUGUUUUAAAAGGUUAUCACGAGGAUCUCGUUAAAUCUCGAAAAGAAGGAGGCACAAUGUUUAGAUUUCCUUUAAGAACGCAACCAUCAGAUAUUAAAAGUGAUGUCGUUGAUUUGUCUAGCUUGUCAAAAACUCUUGACGAAUUUUGCAAUGACUUAUCGCAGUUUUUAAUAUUCCUAAGACAUGUCAAAACAGUCAGAGUAUGGUCCUAUGAAAAUGAUGAAUACAAAGAAGAUUAUAUUAUUGAAGCAGUAUUGUCUCCUGAUGAUUUGAAUAAAAGAAACCAUUGGGUAUCGGUACUGAACUCAUUACAUAUUGCUUUUGAUAAUCAUCGUAGCGAUAUUUUGGAUGUCGCACAGGAGACAGUUGAAUACAACAUAUCUUUUAGGGAAACUAUGCAGGAUAAAUGUAUAAAAUCUUCAUACGGAGUUAUCCAAUCUGUAGGAUUUGAUCCGGUUUUAGGAAUUCCUAAACUUCUUCAAGAGGAAUACAAGAAAGGAAAUAUAACUCUGCUGCCAGAAGGAGGUAUCGCAUUUAACAGAAACAGCAACAUUAAAAAUUGCCAGGGAAAGUUAUCUUGUUUGCUCCCAUUACCGGUAACGACUGGUUUACCCGCUCAUGUAAACGGGAAUUUUGUACUGGACUAUGGAACUAGAAGAUCUUUGUUUGAAUCUUUAGAUAAAGACAAAUGCUAUAAAACCCAAUGGAACAUAGCUAUAUUAGAGCAUAUUGUUGCAAAGUCAUAUGUAACAUACCUGCAGAACCUUCAUUCUUCAAUUAGUGAAAAUAAUUUCUCAGAGGUGUCUUUGCCUGACAACAACAUCAAACAUUCUCUUGACUUUUUUUACUCUCAUUUUCCAAGUUAUGCCGAUGCGAACGACAGUUACUGGAAACUACUAACACAGAAAAUUUAUUCUAGUAUAUGUGCUCGCCGUUUGCCAUUCUUGCCAGUUUUGGAACAGGACUGUGACAAAUCAUCGUCAAAACUUUCUUGGAUUCCUAUCUCUCUGAAUGAUUCCAACAAAACUGAUGUAUAUGAUUUAUGUGCGGAUAAAACAUCCACAAAAUACUGUGAGCAACAAUUGGUAACCAUUUUAAGACGAACAGGAAUGAAGAUUGCUGACAUCCCGAUGAACAUCAAAGAUUCGUUUAAAAAAUCUGGGAUUAUAUUUAAAAGUGUAUCGCCGGAAUGUGUUGUUGACUACAUUUGUUCCUGUGAUGAAGAAGAGCAUGUGUUGUCUGGCCAACCAGUUAAGGAAACAUGUUUUGAAAGUUGCAAUGAUUUGAAAAAAGUUUUUUCCUAUUGUCUACAAGAAAAAAGUCACUUUUUUGCAAUGUCAACAUCGAUGCCCAUUUUUCUUACACAAGAUGGGAUAUUAAGGAAGUUAAGCGAAUCGAAUAAAUUGUUUGUAACAGAAUUUAUAGAUUUUUUUCCAGAACGACUUCAUCAAUUUACACACAAAAUUCUCUACGAUGAUUUACAGCCAAUAUCUUAUAUUGAAAAUGAAAAAUUAAAGGGUUUUGCGGAUAUCUCAAACGGAAAUCUUCUUCAUUUUGAAAUAAAGGACUUUGCUACAUUUGCAGCAACUGAUGGAUUAUUAUGGAAUCAUGAGCAAAUUAGUAAUACAGGGCAUGAUCAUAUUCCACCUUUUGAAAUGGUCCAACAAUUUUGGCUUCUUUUCAUAGACCAAUUGCAUGACGAGCAACUUGAAACUGUGAAAGAAAACUUAGAAGAGAUAAUGCAUCUACGAUUGCUGCCAGUCAUUGAUCCAGUUUCAAGGCAACGUGAUCUCGUUACAGUUGCAGAAAGUAAUACCUUGAUUGAUUUGGAUAGUUUCCAAGGAGUGGCAAAACUUCAUGGAACCUUGCAAAUGUUCAGUAUAAGGGAGUUAGACAAGAACUUUUUUGAAAUUGAUUGCAAAGGAAAUAAAAGUAAAAGUUUACACUCAGUUGCAAAUCAUUCCAGAGAUAAAUGCAAGUACCUCAGCAAGAUGUAUAUGCUGCUUUGCAAACAAGUUCCAAAUUUUGAUGACCCUGGAAAAAUUAUUCACUGUCUUGUUAACAAUUUGUCUAACAUCGAUUGGGCUAAAGUAGAUGCAGAUCAAGCCGCAAUUCUUUUAAUGUACUUCUCCGAUCGCGUGAAAAAUUUGCAAGAUAAAGAUAUAUCGAAAUUAAAGGGUAUACCGGUGUUUGAAACACCGUCAAAUAAAUUAACAUCAAUAGAUACAUGUUACAAAGUAGUUGUGAAACCUGACGAAAUUCCAGUGUCAGGACUUGAUAUAAUUUCAAAGACAUCAAAUGUCAUUUUGCUGCGAGAUUUGAUAGUUUCCGAUUUGUUCAGGUUACUUGAUAUCUCCUACUUAUCUACUGAGAGAAUUUAUCUUGAAAUAAUAUUCCCUCAUCAAAGUUGUUUGAGCCGGGAUCAAUUUUUUGAACACAUAGAUUAUCUUUGUAAGCAUGUAAUUGGUCCAAAUGACAAAGUAGAGAACAACAGGAUUCUUAAAUGUUUGUUUGAUCUUUCGUUUAUAGAAGUAGGAUUACCUGGCUUUGUACGAGUGAUAGAUACAUUCUAUGAUGACCCAAAAUGGCCAAAGGUUUUCAAAUUGUUUUGUAAAAAACAUGAAAUUUUACCCGAGGUUUAUCAAACACCGCAUAUUAUUGAAGUAUUUAAAAACAAACUUGGCCUGCAAUGUGACAUGACUAUUGAAUUGUUUGAAAGAUUUGCCAGUGACAUAGCUAAUACUCAUUGUCAUUACGGAACAAGUGCAAAAGAAAAGGCCGCGUUACUUGUUAAAAUAUUGUUCAGAAAAGGUGAAAAGUUUCGACAUAUAAACGAUUUUACAAGACUGUCAACAAUUCCAUUCAUUUUUCCAACCCGUUUGGAUGAUCUCUCUACAAUAUAUAAGCAAUUUAAUAGUCAAAGAGCUUUUUGUUUUGCCAAUUCAGUCCUUUUUGAGAAACAGAAUACAUGUUGGACUUCGGCAAAUAUAUUACCAAUGUGGGCCGAUCCAAGAAGCUAUAAUGCACACGAGUUGUUAAGAAAACUCUGUAUUCGUAUGAAACCAAGCGAGGACCAAUUAUUUGCACAUUGCAAACACAUAGGAAAUGCACUAAAAGAUGGUUUGCCGUGUUUUAAAGAUGAUAGAGAUGAAAUAACUGAAGUUAUGGAAUGUGUAUACGAAGCCUUGAGUGAAUCAUCCGCUCACAUACGGAAUUUCAACGACCUAAAGACUAUACCGAUGAUAUAUUUUCCAAAACGAAAGAUCACAAAACUUGCAGUAUCAGUCAUCACUGAAUGUUCAACGGACGAAGAAAUAGAGCCUUACUUACAAAAAAUGCCUAAGGAAUAUGGCAAGUUCGAAUCAUUAUUUUUGAAGUUGGGAGCCUCAAAAGAGCCAAGUGUUCUUCAGUAUAUUGAUGUCAUAGAAACUAUCAGACGUGAGUCCAGUAUGAAUGUUACACCGGAACAGAAAGAUGCAAUAUUAAAAGCAAUGUCAAACAUCUUUAUAUUUUUAAAGAAGCUAACAUCACCGAUACUUGAAAUUCACUCGCUUUAUAUGCUAAGUGAUACGUAUAUGUUGACAGAAGCCAAAAAAUUGGUGAUUUGUAAUAAUAGGUACUUGCAAAAACGAUUACAGAAAGGGAUGAACAUGACCUAUAUGGCUAACAUAGAACAGCCAGGUAUUGAUUCAAUAGUAGAUAGCUUGCAAAUGCUACCUGAUUACUGUCGACCGCUAUUACUUACAGAUACUGUAAAAGAAGAAGUUGAUAUUGGAAGUGUUACAUAUCUAAAUAGUGAUAUUGCAAACAAGUUUGAAAAUUUCAUUCAUAACCAGUUGUUUGUUACAAGUGUGUGCAGACUUGCUAGACAUGGAAUACGAAAUAAAUUGUCUGGGGAAUGGAAUGUCGAUAUCGAAAAAGAUAUAACAGAAUUGGUUUUGAACAUAGAACUUAAACACGUUGAAAAUAUAUGUACGCAUCUUUUCUUAAAUGGACAAAUGAUUGAGAAAACAAGCGAAACAAAAUCCGUCUAUACACAUGUGAUGGGAAAGAGAACUAUUGUUUAUUUUGACACAGGCAAUACCAAAUGGUCUUCUGAUGUUUCAAAUGAAAUUAUUUUACGUUUGAAAGGAUGCCAUGCGUGUUUGGAAGACAAACUUUUGUUCACUGCUCAAAAGAUAUUUAUGUGCAAUGAUCCUGAUUUAUGUGAGGAAAUACUGGACAAGGAAGGAAUAGAAGCCUAUAACGGCUUAAAUGGUCCAACUACAGAAUGCAAAAAUGCCAAGGCAGAAAUCGAAAAGAAACCAUACCAAUUGUAUCCAGAGGCAAAAAAAUGGCAAAGACAGGCACACUGUGACCUCGAUAAUGCAAGGGAAUGCUUAUCUGUUCUUCAAAGUGAUGCGUAUAACUGGAUAUGUUACAAAACUCAUCAGGCUUCAGAAAAAUCUCUUAAAGCGGCGUGGUAUGCUACAGAUGCUAACAAACUUGAGGAAUUCGGCGAAAGCCAUUGCUUAGUUACUAUUUCUAGAGGUUUGUCAACAGAGCUUGCUAAACAUACAGAUGAACUGACAGAUAUAACGGGCUGGCACACACGCAUGCGAUACCCAAAACCUAGCAGUAAAAUUCCCUCAGAACUUUACAGCCGAAAAAACGCCGAAGAUGCUGUCCGAAUUGCCGGUAAUAUCUUGCAAGAAGUGGAUGCACUGUUGUUACAUUUGAAACAAUAAAUCAGUCAGUCAACUUUGAAAAAUAUUGGGUUAAAAGACACUCUUAUCUAAAUAUGCAUACGCUAUUUCAUAUUCAUUGUCAAAAUUGUAUGAUAAUAAUGUUGUUGUAGAGAGGUAAUUGCAUCACACAGGGCUGCUCUGUAAAGGCUAUACUGUAAAUGUUCAGACAUGUUUUCUAUGAUUACUAUAUUGUUGUACAUGCUCAGACAGGUUUUUAACGGUUAUUGUAUUGAUUGUACAUUUUCAGACAUAUUUUCAUCUACAGUUACUUUAUUGAUUGAACAUGUUCAGACAUAUUUUCUACGGUUACUUUAUUGAUUGUACAUUUUCAGACAUAUUUUCAUCUACAGUGACUUUAUUGAUUGAACAUGUUCAGACAUAUUUUCUACGGUUACUUUAUUGAUUGUACAUAUUCAGACAUAUUUUCAUCUACAGUUACUUUAUUAGUCCCCUACCGGUUUACCGGAGGGGACUUUAGGUUUACCCUCCGUCCGUCUGUCCGUCCGUCUGUCUGUCAGUCCGUCCGUCCGCAAAACUGGAUCCCGCGAUAACUUGAAAAGUACUGAAAAUAUUUUUAUGAAACUUGGUAUAUCAAUAGAUGGCAGUAUGGAGAUUAUGCACGUCUUUUUCUUUUCUUCCUAUGUUGAAAAUUCUGGUUGCUAUGGCAACAAAUAGGCUGAAAAUAUGGCAAAUUUUACACAUAAACUGGAUCCAGUGAUAACGCAAAAAGUACUGGAAAUAUUUUUAUGAAACUUUACAUAUGGGUAGAUGGCAGUCUUGAGAUUAUGCACGUCUUUUUCUUUUCUUCCUAUGUUGAAAAUUCUGGUUGCUAUGGCAACAAAAAGGGUGAAAAUAUGGCAAAUUUUACACAUAAACUGGAUCCAGUGAUAACGCAAAAAGUACUGGAAAUAUUUUUAUGAAACUUGACAUAUGGGUAGAUGGCAGUCUUGAAAUUAUGCACGUUUUUUUCUUUUCUUCCUAUGUUGAAAAUUCUGGUUGCUAUGGCAACACAUAGACUGAAAAUAUGGCAAAUUUUACACAUAAACGGAAUCCAGUGAUAACUAAAAAAGUACUGGAAAUAUUUUUAUGAAACUUGUUUUAUUAUGUUUUGUGGUCGAUAUUUUCAAAUACAGACUUCAUCCUCAAAUUCAUUAUAAAUGGCAAUACACAGGAGUGAAUGACAAUUAAAGAACUUUUUGAGGGACCGGUAGGGGACUACUGUAUUGCCCGCAAUACUAUCAAAUGCUUGUUGAUUGUACAUUUUCAGACAUAUUUUCAUCUACAGUGACUUUAUUGAUUGAACAUGUUCAGACAUAUUUUCUACGGUUACUUUAUUGAUUGUACAUAUUCAGACAUAUUUUCAUCUACAGUUACUGUAUUGAUUGUACAUAUUCAGACAUAUUUUCAUCUACAGUGACUUUAUUGAUUGUACAUGUUCAGACAUGUUUUCUACGGUUACUUUAUUGGUUGUACGUGUUCAGGCAUAUUUUCUAUGGUUACUGUAUUGAUUGAAAAUGUUCAGACUUAUUUUCAUCUACAGUUACUUUAUUGAUUGUACAUGUUCAGACAUGUUUUCUACGGUUACUUUAUUGGUUGUACAUGUUCAGGCAUAUUUUCUAUGGUUACUGUAUUGAUUGAACAUGUUCAGACAUAUUUUCAUCUACAGUUACUUUAUUGAUUGUACAUGUUCAGACAUGUUUUCUACGGUUACUUUAUUGGUUGUACAUGUUCAGACAUUUUUUCUAUGGUUACUGUAUUGAUUGAACAUGUUCAGACAUAUUUUCAUCUACAGUUACUUUAUUGAUUGAACAUGUUCAGACAUGUUUUCUACAGUUACUUUAUUGGUUGUACAUAUUCAGACAUAUUUUCUAUGGUUACUGUAUUGAUUGAACAUAGAGCAAUACUAUUGUCAGACAAAUUUUUUAUGGUUAUUAUAAUGAUUGUACAUAUACAGACAUACUUUUUAUGGUUACUGUAUUGAUUUUACAUGUUCAGACAGAUUUUCUUUAAUAACUGCAUGUAUUGAGUGUACAUGUUCAGACAAAUUUCCAUGAUUACUGUAUUGAUUUCAGACAUAUUUUUCAGGAUUAUUGUAUUAAUUGUAUAUGUUCAGACAGAUUUUCUAUGGUUAUUGUAUUGAUUGUACAUGUUCAGACAUAUUUUCUUUGGUUACUGUAUUGUUGUACAUAUUCAGCCAUAUUUUCUAUGGUUACUGUAUUGAUUGCACAUGUUCAGACAUAUUUUCUAUAGCUACUUUAUUGGUUAUACAUGUUCAGACAUGUUUUCUACAGUUACUGUAUUGAUUGUACAUGUUCAGACAUAUUUUCUAUGGCUACUGUAUUGAGUGUACAUGUUCAGACAAAUUUCCAUGAUUACUGUAUUAAUUGUAUAUGUUCAGACAGAUUUUCUAUGGUUAUUGUAUUGAUUGUACAUGUUCAGACAUAUUUUCCAUGAGUACUGUAUUGAUUUCAGACAUAUUUUUCAGGAUUAUUGUAUUGAUUGUUUAUGUUGAGACACAUUUUCUAUGGUUAUUGACUUGAAUGUUUAUGUUCAGACAUAUUUUCUUUGAUUACUCUAUUUAUUGUUCAUGUUCAGACAUAUUUUCUUUGGUUACUGUAUUGAUUGUACAUGUUCAGACAUGUUUUCCAUGGUUACUGUAUUAAUUUCAGACGACCUAUUUUCAAUGAUCACUGUAUUGAUUGUUCAUGUUGAGACACAUUUUCAAUGGUUAUUGUAUUGAUUGUACAUGUUCAGACACAUUUUCUAUGAUUACUGUAUUGAUUGUUCAUGUUUAGACAGAUUUUCUAUGAUUACUGUAUUGAUUGUUCAUGUUCAGACACAUUUUCUAUGGUUAUUGUAUUGAUCGUACAUGUUUAGACAUGUUUUCUAUGAUUACUGUAUUGAGUGUACAUGUUUAGACAGAUUUUCUAUGAUUACUGUAUUGAUUGUUCAUGUUCAGACACAUUUUCUAUGGUUAUUGUAUUGAUUGUUCAUGUUUAGACAUGUAUUCUAUGGUUAUUGUAUUGAUUGUACAUGUUUAGACAUAUUUUCUAUGAUUAUUGUAUUGAUUGUACAUGUUUAGACAGAUUUUCUAUGAUUACUGUAUUGAUUGUUCAUGUUCAGACACAUUUUCUAUGGUUAUUGUAUUGAUUGUUCUUGUUUAGACAUGUAUUCUAUGGUUAUUGUAUUGAUUGUUCAUGUUUAGACAUGUUUUCUAUGCUUGCUGUACUGAUUGUACAUGCUCAGACAUGUUUUCUAUUAUUACUGUAUUGAUUGUACUUGUUCAGACAAGUUUGUUUUAUAGUUACAAUAUUGCAUAUCUGACAAGACUUUCUAGCACGUGAUGACCUCAUUCUUACUAAUUUGUAAACAUGUUGAUGCUUAAGGUAACAUCAUUUUCAAGAAGUUGAACAUACAUGUCUAAAAAUGUUUGUUUUACUUUUUAGCUCACCUGUCACAAAGUGACAGGGUGAGCUUUUGUGAUUGCUUUUCGUCUGGCGUCCAUAAAUUUUUACUUUAAAUGACAUCUCCUCAUAAACCACUAAGCCAAUUUCAUCCAAACUUCACAGGAAUGUUACUUUGGUGGUCACCUUUGAAAAUUGUUCAAAGAAUUUAAUUCCAUGCAGAACUCUGGUUGCCAUGGCAACCGAAAGAAAAAACUUUAAAUAUCUUCUUUAAAAAAUACCCCAAAGAGCUAGAGAUUAGAUAUUUGGGAUAUAACAUCUUCUAGUGAGUGUCUACCAAGUUUGUUCAAAUAAAAGCCCUGGGGUCAAAAUUGGCCCCGCCCCAGGGGGUCAUUGAUUUUCCUAUAUACAUAUAGUAAAAACUUAAAAAUAUUCUUUUAAAGAACCCAAAGAGCUAGAGCUAAGAUAUGUAGCAUGAAACGUCUUCUCAUGAGUGUCUACCAAGUUUGCUAAAAUAAAAGCACUGGGGUCAAAAUUGGCCCCGCCCCGGGGGUCAUUGAUUUUACUUAUAUGUGUAUAGCAAAAACUUAAAAAAAUCUUCUUUGAAAAACCCAAAUAGGUAGAGUUUAGAUAUUAAGCAUGAAACAUCUUCUACUAAGUGUCUACAAAGUUUGUUAAAAAAAAGCCCUGGGGUCAAAACUGGCCCUGCCCCAGGUGUGGCAUUGUUUUUCACUAUAUGUGUAUAGUAAAAACUUAAAAAAUCUUCUUUUAAAAAACCCAAUGAGCUAGAGCUUAGAUGUUAAGCAUGAAAUAUCUUCUUAUAGGUGUCUAACAAGUUUGUUCAAACAAAAGCCCUUGGGUUAAAAUUAGCCCUGCCAGGGGUGGGGUGGGUGGAGGUCAUUGUUUUUCAUUAUAUGUGUAUAGUAAAAACUUAACAUAAUGAAACAUCUUCUAAUGGGUGUCUUUCAAGUCUGUUCAAAUAAAAGCCCUGGGGUUCAAACUGGCCUAGCUCCGAGGGCCUAUAUACAGGUGAGCGACCUCAGGGCCAUCAUGGCCCUCUUGUUUUGUAUCUUAAUUACAUCGUUCUUCUGGUCCAAUAUGUAAGACAAAGAAUCAAACACUGGCUGCUACGACAUAUGUGAAUAUCUGGCUCUGUAAAUUAUUUAAAGUAAGAAUUUGACAGACAGCAAACCCCUUUUCAGCUUAAAAAUACCCUUUGAGCAACAUAAUCCUGACUGUAGUGGCAGCCAGGGUAAGAAUUUAUGUAUUCAGUGGCUUUAUAAAUAAUCAUGUGUAUAUAUGUUUAAAAUUCUGUCAAAGAUGUAAUAAUUUCUGACUGUGUUUCACAUUUAUGUAUUAACAUUUAACUCCUUUGAUGUUUUAUAAUAUGCAAAAUAGGAUAGUUUUAGAAAACUUUUUUGUUAUGAUGAAUUUUCAGCUAUUGUGAUAUGGUUAUCUCUUGAGAUGUAUCCAUAAACAACAAUAGUAUAUUGUAUAUGUCUUUGCCUGACAUUUAAUGUACUAUAUACUGUGCAUUAUGUACGCAAGUAUGUUUUUUUUACGUUUUUUAACUUUAACAAAUGUUAAAUAUUUUGCAAAUAAUUACUUUUGCAAAUAUAUAACUAUGAGGUUAAAAAGAUCAUCUUAUAAAUAAAUCUUUUCAAACACUUAAAAUGUGUUGAUUUUUCCUUGUUCGCACUU